AGCGGCGGCGGGCGGGCACGUGAGGCGGCUCACGUGAGGGCUGGCGGAAGCGGCCGUUGGCGGCGGCCGUUGGUGCGGCCGUUGGGCGCCAUGGCGUCCAUCCUGGACGAGUACGAGGACUCCCUGCACCGCUCCGCCGCCGUGCAGCAGAGCCGCGCCGCCGUGGGCAUCCCGCACUCCGGGUAUGUGAAUGCACGGCUGGAGAAGGAAACACCAAUAUUUAACAAGCAAAGAAUUGAUUUUGCUCCUCCAGAGAAAAUUAACAGCUUAGUGGUCUCCUCUAACCAGCUCUGUAUGAGCCUUGGCAAAGACACCCUUCUCAGGAUUGAUCUUGGGAAGCCAGAUGAACCUAAUCAGGUAGAGUUGGGACGCAAAGAUGAAGCCAGAGUCUACAAGAUGUUUUUGGACCACACAGGCUCUCAUCUGCUGAUUGCUCUGAACACCAGUGAAUGCCUUUACCUUAACAGAAGUGUUCAGAAAGCACGGACACUCUCCCGCUGGAAAGGCCACUUAAUUGAAAGCGUGGGCUGGAACAAAUUUCUUGGUACAGAGACCAACACUGGGCCUAUCCUGGUGGGAACAGCCCAGGGGCAAAUCUAUGAAGCCGAAAUAUCUGUCAGUGAGGGAAGCCUCUUCAGCACUAAUCCCGACCAGUACUUCCGACAGGUCUACACUCUGGAGGAGGAAUCAGGACCCGCACCAGUCUGCUGUUUAGAGAUUGAACGAGGAAUAGAAGGAAAAUUUUUUAUUAUCGCCACCACUCGAAAGAGACUAUUCCAGUUUGUUGGCAAAGUGCCUGAAGGGACAGAGCAGCAAGGCUUCAGCUCCAUAUUUGCUCUGCAUGCUGAUCAUUUGCCCAGCUUCCGGGAGUUUCCAGCCAGCUUCGGUUUCAGCGAGAUAGCCUUUUACACUCCAAAACUGCGUUCCAACCCACGCUCCUUUGCCUGGAUGAUGGGUAAUGGUGUUUUGUAUGGUAAUUUGGAUUAUAGCCGUCCUGAUUCAAUUCUGAGUGAUGAACGGGUCUGGGUUUAUCCUUCUGAUAUUGACAUAACUGUGAACAAGCCAAUAUCCAUUGUACUUACCCAGUUUCACUUUCUGUUGCUGCUGCCUGACCGGGUAAAGGCUGUAUGCACUCUGAAUGAGCAGGUUGUCUUUCAAGACCUGUUCCUGGAGAAGUUUGGCACAUUGACACGCAUGAUCAAGGAUCCCACAGUUCAGCAGAUAUGGAUCCACACGGAGAAAGUAGUGUUCCGCUAUCACGUCCAGCGGGAAUCUAGAGAUGUGUGGAAGAUGUAUAUGAAUAUGAACAAAUUUGAUUUAGCUAAAGAGUAUUGUAAAGACCGUCCAGAGUGCCUAGACAUUGUGUUGGCAAAAGAGGCAGAGCACUGCUUCCAAAACAAGAGAUACCUAGACAGUGCCAAAUGUUAUGCGCUGACCCAGAACUACUUCGAGGAAAUUGCCCUUAAGUUCAUUGAAGCCAAGCAAGAAGAGGCCCUGAUGGAGUUUCUGAUUAAGAAGCUAAGUAGCCUGAAGCCUUCUGAGAAGACACAGACCACUCUUCUGACCACGUGGUUAACAGAGCUGUAUCUGAACUGGCUAGGUAUAUUGGAAGGAGAUCCCUCACAGCGAAAUCUCUAUUUGGAUACGCGGGAGAAAUUUCGCACCUUCCUGAGCAGCCCUAAAAACAAAGACUGUCUGUUUAAUAAUCGGGCAUCUAUUUAUGAACUGUUGGCGAGCCAUGGGGACACAGAGCACAUGGUCUACUUUGCAGUCAUCAUGCAGGACUAUGAGCGAGUAGUAGCUCACCACUGCCAGCAUGAUGAGUAUGAUGAAGCUUUAAAUGUGCUGUCUAGGCACAGAGAUGAGAAGCUGUUCUACAAGUUCUCCCCAGUCCUCAUCCAGCAUAUUCCCAAGAAGGUAGUUGAUGCUUGGAUUUCUAUGGGCUCCAGACUUGAUGCCAGGAAUCUCAUUCCAGCUCUUGUUAACUAUAGCCAGAGUGCCAGCACCCAGCAGAUCAAUGAAGCCAUUAGAUACAUGGAGUUCUGUGUCUAUCAGCUGGAGGAAACCCAGCAAGCUAUUCAUAACUACUUGUUGUCUCUCUACGCUUUGUGUCGGCCAGACUCGCUACUAUCAUACCUGGAGCAAGCAGGAACCAAUCCAAACAGGAUCCACUACGAUCUGAAGUACGCACUGCGCCUGUGUGCAGAGCAUGGGCACCACCAUGCUUGUGUCCAUAUUUACAAAGUGAUGGAAUUAUAUGAAGAAGCCGUGGAUCUUGCAUUACAGGUGGAUGUUGAUCUUGCCAAGUCCUGUGCAGACCUCCCUGAAGAUGAUGAGGAACUCCGGAAGAAGCUCUGGUUGAAGAUUGCUCGCCAUGUUGUUCAAGAAGAGAAAGAUGUCAAGAAGGCAAUGGCUUGCCUUUCCAGCUGCGCCCUGCUGAAGAUUGAAGACGUCCUGCCAUUCUUUCCAGACUUUGUCACUAUUGACCAUUUUAAGGAGGCAAUCUGUAACUCUCUGGAGGACUACAACAAGCACAUUGAGGAGCUGAAAAGGGAGAUGGAAGAAGCCACACAGAGUGCCAAGAGAAUUCGAGAAGACAUCCAGGAAAUGAGAAAUAAGUAUGGCUCUGUUGAGCCUCAGGAAAAGUGUGCUGCUUGUGACUUUCCACUUUUAAACCGCCCAUUUUACCUUUUCCUUUGUGGUCACAUGUUCCAUUAUGACUGUCUUCUUCAGGCAGUUUUUCCAAACCUUCCUGCCUAUAAGCAGGCAAAGCUUGAAGAUCUUCAAAAGAAGCUGGCAGCUACCAGUCAGCCUUCCAAAGGCCACCAUCGUCCCAAGGAUGCAGAUACUGCUAGCUUGGGGAAGGGGCAGCAGAGCCGGGAACAAAUCAAAGCUGACAUUGAUGAUAUUGUGGCAGCCGAAUGUGUGUACUGUGGAGAACUGAUGAUCCGGUCCAUUGACAAGCCCUUUAUUGAUCCCCAAAAGUACGAAGAGGAGAUGCAAAGCUGGCUGUAGUUCUCCUCCAAAACUGCAACUGUCAGUACACUAGAGUGGUUUUGUUCACAACUGGUGACGCUUCUGUGGUAGAAAUACAAGCUCCAGAAGUGGGAACAUGGUGGCUUCUGUGCAAUUCUAAGGAAAGAGUAGUGGGGUCUUGUUACUGGAAUUACAGUGAACUAGUCUUGAAAAAUGAGGGGAUGUAGUGAUGGUUAAGAGCUUGAAAAAUAAUUAAAGCUAAUCUUCUGGAUUUUUUUAGAUGUUUGCAACUUGCAGUUCUGAAGUUCUCAGUGGGAAGCUAACGGAGUGCCUUGUUGCCCAGAAGGAACUGGCAAUAGUGUGUGGUUUCUCUUCCCUGUAGUGUGGUAUCUGUUUUGGUGAAGACAACCUUAAAGGGAUGGCAGUAAGGAACACUCAGCAGUCUAGAUUUAUUCAUUACUUCCAGUGCUAGAAUUGCCUUUGGUUUCCUUUUUGAUGAGUGCUAUAACCACAUACACUGAGAGAACAUGAAAGGAGAAGUGCUCUUGCACAUAUAUUUUGUAAACAUCAUGCCACACAAAUACAUGUUUCUACACAAUGUAAUACAGGAAUGUGUAUAAUUUUUCAAGCAGGUGUCUCACAAUACACAUAAGUCAUUUGCCUGCAAUUCAGGGGGUGUAAUUCUUCUUUCCCACGAGCUUUAUGGGCCAGUCCAUAUAUUUGGAUUUUCUCUAAGGACUCUUUUUUUUUUUUUUUUUUGGCAAUGCUUUCUAGCCUGUUUACCCUGCCGUCCCAUUUCUUCUGUAAUUGCCUUUGUAUAGUGGGUUUUGUUUUCAUCUCCACUCCAAACCAAAAUUGAUACAUGCACUAGUAAGGUUUUAACUGAUACUCCAGACAAGUAGGAACACUACCCUUUUGUAUUGCCCUCCUCUGUUCCUCUUCAAGCUGCCCUUGAAUAGGGAUCUAGUCAUAGAUUCCUUCAAGGAUGGACUACAGAAAGCUCUAAUUGGUGGUAACAAAUUUGCUCUCCUAUUUGAAGCCAGUGCUGUGUAAUCAGGCAGGUUUUUACCUUCUUGACAGCAUCUGAUGCUUUUUGGGGAUGCCUGCAGCUCAAUGCCGGUCUAUUGCUCUGACUUGGAAAAUUCUUCCCAGAAGGCAAUUCUUCCCAGGGAACAACAACAAAAAGCUCUAGUAGUUUAGCUUGGGUUCCUUGUUUUAUUACUAAAGAAACUAAAAUUUUGGUGAAGCUCUACUGUUAGGGGAUAAAAACUAUGACUUUAAUUAAGGCAAGAGAAAACAAUUGUCCUCUGAAAAACUCUUGUUAUUUUGCAUACCUGUCUGUGCUUGUCUUCAGCACCUGUCUCAAUCUGCAAGUCACUUACUCUGUUCAUAGGAUGUAGAAAUUGGUCUUCACAUCACUAAAAGGGAGUAUCAGUUUCUUUCCUCAAGGAACAGACCUAAGAAUUUUGAUAACUAUUAAUAACUCCAGAAGAACAUCCAUGCUUUUUUUGGAGCUUCAGCCUGUAAUGAAUGAAUUUUACUUGUGUAAAGUGAGUAAUAAAAAGCAGAGCUGGCAGGAAGAUCUGAAGUUUUGAAAUCUUCUCACUGCUAGAGCUAUGGGAUAAGCAGUUUUGUUAUUAUUGCCUUGUAGUGCUUGUUGCUGGCUUAUCAGAAACUGCUGUUUCAGUGGUUCCAUAAACCAGUGGAUCAGAAACCCCAUUCAGUAGUUUUCUUUGGCUCUGGAUAGCCUUUUACUUUUUAUAAGUUGAUGGCUGUUAUCAGAAGAAUUUGUGAUGGAACUAAAUGUGAUGUCCUUUGAAGUUCAGCAUUAAACCUGUUGUAAGUGGCUGCUCCUGAAUCAUUGUCUUUUCAUGUAAGCAGUGUGAUAUUCAAGGUCGAUAACCAUUAUAAAGAAACAGCAGCCCUGUGCCCAAACCUUUUCCUAGUCCAAAGCAAGCAAGUGGCUUUUUUUCUGCCUUUUAACAGAAACAUGAGUAGCAACUCAUCCUGAUGCAGUGAGUAACAUAAAGUUGCUUAUUUUCCUUGGGGCAUUCUUAAUGCUUAUUCCAUCCUUUUACUUUGUAGUGUUUACAGUAUGCUUUCCUGGUAUGUUAUUAGUAGUUCUCCAUUAUUUUCCUCUUAGCGCAACAGAAUGUCACAAUAUUAGAUAAACGUUUCUGCUUUGCUCUUGACAAGGAGCAAUAUUUGCUUACAGAACAUUCCAGAGAGAUUUGCUGGUCUGCAAUAUUGGAAGAAGUGUAUGUCUGGAAACUGGGGCAUACCAAGUAAAUCAAAACACGUAAGUCUUUGCGUGAGAUAGAUUGAUGGGGAAAGUACCUCAAAAAUCCACUGACUUCAGUCUUGAGUAUUAAUACAUCUCAGUUAACAAAACUGAAACUAGGUUUUUUAUUUUUUUUAUUUUUAAUGAUCAGAGGGCUCUGGGCUUGUAUAAUAGGUACAUACACCACAAAUGUCAUGGUUCCUCACCAUUGUUGACAGAAAAUCUUUAGGUUAUUUGCUGCUGAGGCUGUGGAGAAUGUUACCCCCUGCAAAGACUCCAGUAGUGAUUAAAUGACUGGUGUCAGUAGUGUAGAAAGGUACAUGAAGAUGUCUUCUGAGCUUACCUCACUCCUGUGUUUCAAACAUUUCAAUAACUAUUCACCUGUGCUUCUUGACAAUUUUGCAGUAUCACUCACUGAAAAAGGUAAGAGUGGGUAGGUUCUGGGCAGGUGAACAGAAAUGAAGUGUUUAAUGUUCUCCCUUAAGUCCGGUCUGCAAGAUCUCUUCCUCUGUACUUUCAGAACAGCAUUUUUCUUUUCUCUUUAAUUUCAGUGCAAUUACGUGUUGUUUUUUUUUUUUUUGUUUGUUUGUUUUUUUCAAGUCUUUGGUAUUUGUUUUAAGUUGUGAAUGAACUAUGUACCAGUUAGAUGAUGUGGCCUUAGGACUUCUUUGUGGAAAUAACCUCUACCGUUUAGUUUAGUGCAGGUAGAGAACAAAACCAGAAAGGUGGGUGGAAGCGCAAGCCCUAUUUAACCAGAAUAAAUAGCUGUAACUAGAUUUAUGCUGAAGAAAUUUAGUUAUGUGGGCAAAACCUAAAGUAAACCAGUACCAGCUACCUCACCUCCGCUUCAAGCAAGUGACUGGAGAAAUGCUGCAAGUUGGGGGAGACAACAGCGAGUGUGCACUGUGGAAGUGUUCCUAGAGAAUUUCAGAUGCUCUUGCUGUUGGCCUAUUUAGUUGGAAACUUGUAACUGAAAUGCUGGGGGCUGUGUGCUUUGUCUCAUUACUAAAAAUAAAUGACAGCUGGAAAUUUAGUAAGGCAAAUUCUUAACAAGCCACUAGGUGUCAUUGCUGUCCAUUUAAAUACUGAGGUUUCUUGUGGAGAAGCUGAAACUGCUCUGUAUCAGAAAAUACUACAAAACAGGAACUGAAGCAGGUUCCCAUCCUCUUGUGGUGAGGAUGUGGAGACAGACCUGUAAGGUAGUUCUUGGAGGUGGGGAUGCUAAAGAGAAUCGUCUCUAAAUAAAAGGAAACUAUUUCACAGAUCACUGUUUUUUCAGCUCUGAGUAUCGAAAGUUGGAUUUACUGUUUUAAAAACAAAUCAAACAAGUCCUCUCUUGCUUAACUGAAUUCCAGUGUAAGCUUCUACAGACCUAACAAAUUCAGUAAGCUGUGGAGAAACCAUCUCUGGGCUUGCAGUGACAACACCUGGUGGCCUUGGAUCUGGCCAUUUUUGUUGCUUCCUUUUCACCCUGUCCCAGUAGCAGAAAUGGUGGAGUGAAUGUGAGCCAGCUCAUUCGCUGCCAGAUUUUGCAUCUGGUAUAUUUGUUAAAAGUGUCAUUAAAGCCAGGUGUGUAUAAUAAUAUUGGACACUGACCUGCAUGACCAGAGAAGUUGGUGCAUUUGUCUUUGCCUCUGAGUUGUGGGGUCAUAAUCCCAACAGGGGGGGCAGGUAGUACUAGGAACAUCCAGUACUCCAUUAAAAUUAGAUGAUGUCAUUUGACUCAGGCUUUAGUCAAACAUUAGCAUUUAGUUCCUGAAAAGGCUAGUUCCUGUUAAGCACUACCCUGUCACUGUUAGCGUAUAGACUCUGUUUACAAGUGCAAAUGCUAAGAUUCUAAUGGGAGUUAAUGGGAAGCAUUUCCAUUAGGUCCUUGUAUCACGUAAUCCAACAAUCCUGUACUGCUCUGUGGAAGGAUAAACUGGAAAUGGGCUUCUUCCUUCCAACAAGUGUGGUGAGAUGAAAUUUGAGUUUUGAAAUAUCCUGAGUUUGUGUGUUUGGGGAUUUUAUUUAUUUAUUUAUUUUCAGUCAGAUGGACUAAGUCUUUUUCUUCAGAAUAGAUGGUGUACCAUGCAAUUCACUGCAGUAUGUCCGGUGUUUGUGAGAGAAUCUUAGGGCCUCCUCAAAGCACAGAGAUGCUGGCCAGCCUCUCCUGUUCUGCCUCUUGUACACAAGGCAGGAAGGAGUGCCCUGGUAAGGAGAGGAAAUGGUAUUUUCUCUAAUACAACUCCAUGUAUCUCAGAGAAAAAGCUCAUUUCCUUUGAAAUAGGAGCAUUAACAUUUUGGUAAAAUUAAAGAGCUUGGAAUAUUUACUUUGCACAUUUAAUUGAAAUAUUACAGGAAUACCUUAAAUUUGCAGUGGGUUUUGUUUGAAUUCAGGUCUCUGAUCAUGCCCAGUGCAGACUUUACACCUCAUGAGCUCUUUAGGAGUUGAGCUUCAUGCCCUUACUGUGAUUUUGGAGACUCUUGAUGCUUCCCCCUUAACUCAGUGUAUGGUUCGUCUCAUCCCCAGAUCUCAUGGAAAGGCAUCAGGCUGCUUCCAUGGGGUAUGAGUUUGAAAGCAACCUACUGUGCAACUGCUUUCAGGUGGAGGAAGGGCAAAAAGAUUAAACAAAUCUUAGAUCUACCUGUUGAAAGUGGUUGGGAUGGGGAGAAAAGGGGGCCCUGAGUGUUUCUUCCCUGUAAUGGCUAGAAGUGUUGGAGGCAGCUUGUUUGAAGACUGGUUACCUGGGAGCAAGGGAGCUACAGGAGUACUCUAAGGUUACAAGUGCACCUAACUUCAUUAUGUAUGUGAAGUGCUGUACUGAGAAUGACAAGUGCAUCUACAAUUUUUAUUCCAGUCUUUUUGCACAUUAUUUGUGUUCAGAUUGCAUCUCGGAGAUCUUGUUCUGGGCCAGGUCCUCACUGUACCAGGUAUCGGAGUGUAAAUGCAAACCAAAGAAGCAUCAAUGCUUUCAGAUUUGAAUAUUUCGUGAUGUGGCUGUAUGCAGUUACUGAUUUCCUGCAACCUGUCCCUUGUACCUUACCCUCCUUUCCCCAGCGUGGGGUGAGAGGGAAACAAAAGAGAAUAGUUCCUGUAAUGUGCAGGAUGAAUACUGCUUGUGGUUCCUCUAAGUUCCUUAUUUGUUUAUGAUACAGCCUCAGGCUCUGCAUCAUCCAGACCCUGUUCUAAACUCAGGAUCAACUUCAAGGGUUACUGUAGCACAGAACAUUGUACCUGAAGGCUGCAAUUCUCUUAGUUACGUUUGGGAGAAAAUGAUCCCCCACCUUCUCAUUUCAUGUUUCAUAUUGAAUUGUUCUCUGUAGGUGGCAGCUCAUACAACAAGGAUUAAAUAACCAACCAGUUUGGUAUCCAAAAACAGGUAUCCUCCACUUUGUGCAAUUGAAAUCCAAGCACUGGUCACUUGACGUGGGAUGAGUUCAGUGGAUCACAGCCCGAACCUGAAGGCUGUUGGACUCUACUUAAGCAGACAUCUGUGUUUUGCAGUUAGCUGUCCAACAGUCUUUUUUCAUCUCUUUGCAUGUACAUAUUGAGUAGAUUUUCUAAUAAAUAAAUGUUUGCUAUGGAGCUGGGCUCAUUAAGAGUUUUUCAUCUCUUUUAUUCUUUUUUUUUUUCUUUUAGGAAAGACAAGGAGCACAAUGUGAUUUUCUUUGAGGGUAGAGCUAGUGUUUUUUGUUCUCUAGUGUUUCAGCUCCGUUCCUUCUGUUCACACAGAAAUGUGUGGAUAAUGGGCCAGUGCCUUUGGAUGAAUUAGGACUAUUACAGAUGAAGAAGAAUAUGAAGGCUGCUGUAUUAGUGGUUUGUUUUGUUUUGUUUUUUUUUUUGUUUGUUUUUUAGGACUUCUCUCUGCAGACAGGGUUGUGACAACUAUUUGCAGCUACUGUGUCUGUUCUUGAUGGCUGCUGUUUUUCAUCCAUGGUAAGAGCCAGUGAAGGCCUGUGAAGGUAUGGGUGGUCAGUAUUUUUUGGUCUUUGCUGAACUAAUACGAGUCUAGCAAUUCUUGUGUAGUGUCCAUCAACACAACUUCAGUAUGUACAGCUGAUCUGUUGUUAAAAUAAAAUGAUCUUCCACGUAUAGCUGAACAGUAUGCAGCCCCCUGGUAACAGGGCCAUUAACUGAGCAGCUUGUGCUGUUUGGGAGGACUGAACAGAAUGUCACCGGGUGAGGAGGAAACUGAGGGUCAUGGCUUACUCUCCUUGAUGUCCCAAUUCCUUGUUGAAUACUCGCCUGUGUUACACAGCGUGACCGUCUGACAUCUACAUUUGUGCGGCAGUGGUAUGUUCUGCUGAGCAACCUUUUUCUGGGGAGAAAAGCACUUCCUUAUGCUCUGCGUUUUGUUUCCAAUGCUUGCCUGCUUGCCCAGUUAGUGAGUCUGGAAUAACUAGGACUGUGUCAUCCUUCUGUUAUGUUCCUCUAAAAGGUUGCGUAUGAUAAUCAUGUGAAUGUGCUUCAAACUCUUGCAGUGUCAGAGUUUCCAAAGAGAGGAAAAAAAAAAUGCACAGGAAAUGUCUAAUUAAAGUGGGAAAUACAGAAACCCAUUCCACAAUAAGCGUUGAAAAUUCUUAGUAAGAAUAAACUGCAAAGUAACGAUUUUUCAGCUCAGCCUUCUCAAAGAACAGACAAAUGUCUUCUGUGAGCUUAAGUGAGUGCAAAUUGGGUAAUGUCAGCUUGCUGUUUACAAGUAGCAUCUAUUUUAAUUUUGUUGGCUGUUGAUUGGAAAUGUCAUGUGAUCCUUGGGCUACCUAAUUUCUAUACACAGCAAGUCUUAGUGAAGCAAGCCAGCAUAUUAGCAGUAGUAAGCGGUUGGAAAGGGUAGGUUCUGGCAAUAGUUUGCUAGUUUAAAGUCAGAAUCUGCUGCCUGAAAAUUGGUCAUCUUUGCAGCAUAGUUGAAAAGUGCUUCAGAAGCAGUGGGGAGUUUUCAGAAGAAUCUGGAGUAUUCUUACGGAUUCUGGGUAUUCUUAGGGGGGAAGUACCUGCAAGGUGGUAACUUCAUGGAUUGAGUGAACUCAGUAUUGCAUUUCAGCAGCUUUGACUUAACAGGGAGCAGCUCACCUGACACUGUGGUGCCUGAGCCAAAAGUAAAGGUGUGGGUUAUUUGCCUGCCAGGCAUUUUGUCCCACCCUGGGUUAUGCUCUGAAGAAAAUCAACCACUUGGGAAGUUCAGGCUGAACUUAGGGUGAAACAAGAAAAAAUUUCUUCAUGCAACAUAGGUAUUAUUGUCAAUCUUUCUUCAGCACAUCUGCAUAGUGCUAAGCCAGAGCAAGCUUGCUGGAUGCUCUCCAUAAGUCAAACAAUCUGUAGGUAGGAGCAGAAAUUCAAAGCGCUCUCUUCUUAUCCUAUUCUUCACAAGACAGAAUGCUUUUGGAGCUGGAUGCCUUCUUAUGAGGCCUUGAAUGAGCAGUGAUGAUGGAGCCUUUUCUUCGUGGUGCCUGGUAUGUUGUGCCUUUUUUAUUCAUUCUGUCACUGGGACAGACAGCAGCUCAGCAGCCUGGCACACAUCUUGAUAAAUAAAGGAAUAAAUAAAGGAAAGGAGUUGAAAUGAGAGGGUAACAAGAGGACUGCUGGCUUCCAGGCUUCACAAGGAUGAAAUGUGAGACAGACCAAAACUGUGCCAGGGCACUAGUUACUACCUAACUACUAGGAGUCAGCAGGACAAUUAAGCAUCGUGUCUUUGAAUUAGUGCCACCUCUCUGUUGCCUGUUGUGGCUGUUCAGAGCUAAGCAGUGAAGCAAUAGUCAUCUUAAAGUCUGAGAUGAAAAUCUAAAGAGGUUGCUCACAGUAGCAUGGUUAUGUUGAGAAGAUGAGUUUGGAUUUUUGUAUUUCCUCACUGAGUUUUCCAGUGCCACAAAUGACAUCCAAAUAGGAUUUGGCCUUUCACUGUUACCCCUUUUUUCUGACUAAUACCAUUUAAUGAAUAUGGGAGGCUCAAGAUGGCAGGAGAAAGUAAUCCUUCUGUUGACAAACAGCUAUUUGAUCUUGCACAGGGGGGAUUGAGUUCUCCUUCCGUAUUUGAAGAUUGGACUACACAAUAUCCCUGCUUCAAACAAAUGCAAACAACAACAACAAAAAAAGCAGUAUGCCAAGUCUCUCUCUUUUCCAGCCCUUUUUCUGUUACCUCUCUGAAAUCUUUCUAUGAGUCCUAGAAGUCAGGUUGUAAUCUAUACAAAACCCUUGCUUUUUGGUAGCAGUUCAAAUUGAUAGCCUAGAAAAAGUUACCGUGUCUGAAUACCCACUGUCUAUGGGGAUGUAAAUGCAACUGAACCAGCAUGUUGCGGGCUCUAGUUGUUAGAUGGAGGUUGCACCAACUUCCUUGGAAUGCUGAAUUUAAAUAAAAUCGGAUUUGAACAAGUGGGGAUGUUGCUCUACCAUAAUGUGAAAUCCAGUAUAUAUCAAAGGCACCCCUUUUAAUAGCAUGAAGUAUAUAAGAUCUGUAUCUCUUGGGAAUAUGCUUCUAAAAUGAACUUUCAGUUGCAGCCUCUUAUUUUGGUCUCUUUGAAUAGUAAAGAUUUGUGUUCUUACUCUUUAGUCACAGCAGCCUGGGUAUUAGGUUACUGGAGGAUGUUGUUUCUUUCACAGUCUCAUUAACAUCAUAGCUUGGGUGUUGGUGCUCCUCUCCCAUGCUCAGGUGCUUAAUAAGCACUCUUAUCACCCCAAAACAGUUACUUUGGAUCCCAGCCCAGUGUGCGUGGGCACUGGCAGCAUUUGGAUAUUUAUAGGGAUUUCUACUUCCUUCUUUUCUUUGGGCUGCUUUCUUACUACAAGAAUUUGUUGUUCCUUCCACGCUGCAAUGAAUGUGGCACUCCCCGGGCAGUGUCUGGGCAAUGGAGGUUACGUGUGUGCCCUCCCAGGGGCUGGGGGCACUGCAAGCAGGGGUAUCACAGCAGUGGCGUGCAAAGCACAGUAAAAAAGGAAUCACUGCUUCUUCUGCCUCUUUUCAUCUAUUUUGGCAGAUUACAUAGGCUUGCUGGUUUAUUACUGCUGGAUAUCUUAAAAUCGAGCACUGCUAUAAUGUGAUGAGAGAGACAAACACUCCAAAUGUUUUUCCAGUUGAAAUUGUUCUCUAUCUAUACACAGUGGUGGAAGGGCAGAUAGCAUGGAUUGGGUCUUUUAAACAGUACAGUACUGUUUUUAUAUUGAUUUGUUCUUCGAAAUGUGAACUGAUGGUCUGAUUCUUCCAGAGGCCUUUACACUUCUUACACUUUCACCUCUUACUCUCUAGGUGGUUAAGGUGGAGGAUGGACAGCAGCUGUGUCAUUUCCUUGACGGCUCCAUGUGUACAGACUAGCCCAAUGCAUUUUGCUGACCAAUCAGCCAGCUGAUGAAGAGGAGGCAAGCAGCAAGUUCCCCUGGGCUUUCCCUUGGUGGAGGUGCUGGCUGGGCUGCUCUGCUCCGCUCAGCUCUUUCCCUCAAAACUUGCAGAGUCCAGUAAUUUUGAGACUGUCUUAUUCUGAAAUUCAGAUUAAAUCUGUCAUCAUGUCUCUAUUGGGAGCUCAGUACCAGUAAGUAUGAUUUAAAAAAAAAAAAAA